AUGCCAUUCGGAGCGGGGUUAGGAAGCGGAAGCGAAGCUGGAGGCGAAUUCCGAAGGCGCCGCCGCCGCCGCCGCUGCCGCCCGGGGUGACGGGAUCAGUCUGGUUGAAAGAACAGAGGACUAAGCACAUGGACUGGAGAUUGCAAGGGAGUACUCAGAAAGUAGAAUCACCUGUGCUGCAGGGGGAAGAAGGCAUCCUAGAGGAGACAGGUGAAGAUGGACUUCCUGAAGGCUUCCAGCUUCUGCAGAUUGAUGCAGAAGGCGAGUGCCAGGAGGGAGAGACCCUGGCCACAGGCAGUACAGCAUGGUGCUCGAAAAAUGUCCAGAGAAAACAGAGACACUGGGAAAAGAUAGUUGCAGCAAAGAAGAGCAAAAGAAAGCAAGAAAAAGAACGAAGAAAAGCCAAUCGUGCAGAAAAUCCAGGUAUCUGCCCCCAGCACAGCAAACGUUUCCUGAGAGCUCUAACCAAAGAGAAACUUUUGGAAGCCAAACACUCAGGACCAAGACUGUGUAUCGAUUUGAGUAUGACCCACCACAUGUCAAAGAAGGAAUUAAGUAGACUGGCUGGACAGAUUCGAAGGUUGUAUGGUUCAAACAAAAAAGCUGACAGGCCAUUUUGGAUCUGCCUCACUGGAUUCACAAUAGACAGUCCCCUUUAUGAAGAGUGUGUGAGGAUGAAUGAUGGAUUUUCUAGUUACCUGCUAGAUAUAAAAGAAGAAGACUGCUUUAGUUUAUUUCCUCUGGAAACCCUUGUGUACCUGACUCCUGACUCAGAACAUGCUCUUGAAGAUGUUGAUCUAAACAAAGUUUACAUCCUCGGUGGGCUUGUGGAUGAAAGCAUUCAGAAGAAGGUGACAUUUCAAAAGGCCUGGGAGUACUCUGUCAAGACUGCACGCUUGCCAAUCCAGGAAUACAUGGUCAGAAACCAGAAUGGGAAAAACUAUCAUUCAGAGAUCCUGGCCAUCAAUCAAGUGUUUGAUAUCCUGUCGACUUACUUAGAGACUCGCAACUGGCCUGAAGCAUUGAAGAAAGGAGUUACUUCAGGAAAAGGCUAUAUUCUUCGGAACUCAGUGGAAUGAUGGGCCUAAGAUUGCAGGAGAGAGAACUUUCAGGAUCAUGAAAAUAUUUUGCAGAAGGAAUGAAUGCCAUUAAGGACUUUUCGACCAGCUGCUGGCACCUAUAAGUCUGGUUGCUCAAAGUUUUAUCUGAGACUGUAGAGGCACAGACUUUUCCCCUAUCUUCCUGGCAACUCUCCCUCCUUUACACCCUACCCCAUAAAAACGCCUGCUGUCAUCUCUUUGUUAAGCUGCAGUUGAGAGAUCUUUCUCUUCUGCUUUCUUGCUUUGGCCCAGUUGAACAAUCCUUUCUCUAUCUCCAAGCACCUGUGUCUUAGCGUUUGGCUUCAGCUCUGCAUCAGGUACAUGAGCCUGAAUUUGGGGUUACAUAACAUUAGUGUGACACUUGGGGAAAUUGCCAAAUUGACCUUUGGAAAGGUUGGACCAGAAUGUAGCUUUCUGGACUCCUCCCAGAACUUCCUCUUUAUAACUAAUCUUUGUUAGUUUAGAAGUUGGAAAGGUGGCAUCUCACGGUUGCUUUUCUUUACAGACUAGUGAGGUUGGGCAUGUAUUCCUUUUAACCAACAACACUAGUUGAGCAUUUGCUUUCAGCCAGGAAUUGAGCUGGGGAGGCAGCUGAGUCCUGGUCCCUGCCCUUGGGGGAGUUCACUGUCUCCACAUGAAGAUAGCAAGUGUUAAGGUGGAUGCAACAACCUGAAUAGAGUGUCAGCCCUGAGGGUACAGAGGAUGAAAUAGUUAUCUCUACAAGGAAGGAAGGCAGGGGUCAGGAUAGGUGUUACAAAGGAAGUGAUAAUUUGAGUGAAAUUUUUUUUUAGUUUACUAGUUUCUAAAAUUAUAAAUGAACUACAUGCUAAUUUACAUACUGAAAUUAACCAUAAAAGUCCAUGAAAGUAUUGUUAACAUCUUUACUCAAAUACAGGAUUUAAUCUAAAAACAUAAAUGCCCACAGUUAUCACUGCACAAAUGAGAGACUACUUGCUACAGAUGUUUUUACACAAGGAUCAUAACUUCUCAAACAGGAUUUAUUGUAAAAAGUAAAAGAACACUUUUGUGUUUUUUUUGAGAUGGAGUCUUGGUCUGUUGCCCAGGCUGGAGUACAGUGAUGCGAUCUUGGCUCACAGAAAACCUUCGCCUCCCGGGUUCAAGCAAUUCUCCUGCCUCAGCCUCCCAAGUAGUUGGGACUACAGGCAUGCACCACCACACCUGGCUAAAUUUUUGUAUUUUUAGUAGAGAUGGGGUUUUGCCGCAUGGGUCAGCCUGGUCUUGAACUCCUGACCUCAGGUGAUCUGCCCACCUCGGCCUCCGAAAGUGCUGGGAUUACAGGUGUGAGCUGCCACUCCCAGCCCAGAACACACUUUUUCUUACCAACUACUAUUUUAAAUGUGUUAGCAAUUCCAUAAAAUAUAGUUUCCUCACCAUCAUUCCCCAAAUCUGAACUAAUUCUGUUGGUUAGAUUCCUAUGUGGAAUAACAUUCAAGUUUGGUCUUGGUGUAUCACAAUACAGGACUGAUUUUAAAUACUCAAAAUUACUUGGUUUUCUGGUUUCCAAUAGCUUUGGCAUUUAUCUGCAUUUCUCAAGCAAGGAAACAUCUUUCUAGUUCAUGUUUAUUUUCAUUUUGUAGUGUGUGUGUGUGCCUGUGUCAUGGCACCCUUUGUUAGAGAAGAGCCCCAACCUCCUAGAGAAUACCAAGAAAUAGCAAGACUCCAAAGGAGAUGACUAAGCAAGAAAGCAGGUUCACCUGCCACAACUCCAUUGGUAACAAUGUAGAUGAAAUUUGGUGGAUCAGACGAAGCAAUUUAUUAUUCAAUACAGCAUACAGUGGAAGUAUCAGCAUGGUAUAGCACUGGUUGGCCUGUCCUCAAGUCCUAUGGAGUAAAUGCAAUGGGCCCGGACAGUGGUUGCACAUGCAGCAAUUUGCACCACAACUGAGGGAUCCAGGGCCAAGGGCCUAACAUCUUUUGUAGCAAGUGGCAAACAAACCAGCCUCCUUCCCUGAGGGAGUGAGCUGUUGCAUGGUAGUUAUGCUGUGGUCAUCUUAACCUACUUAAAUACCAAUGUGACUAGCUAGAAAUGGUUCAGUAUUAGAGGAAAGUUAGGCCUUGUGUUUGGCAUACUUAGCAAGCACAUGCAGAGAUGCUCAAGGCCACAGCAGACUGCCUUUCCCAAUAGAAGUCAAGGCCUGUCAUCAUCUGACUCUAGCUUAUCUCUGCAGUAUCAUCUCAUGCAAUUUUUUUUAAUGCUCUAAGUUUUUUUUUUUUUUUUUUUUUUUAAUCAUUCUGGACUAUUCACCAAGGCCACUUUAGCUGUUGUAUUCUUCUAGCUACCGAUUCUCUCCUCUUAUCUCCUGCCACACAGUAAGAUUCCUGAGCACAGACAGUAACUCCUCAAUAAAUAUAAGGCUGAAAGGGCCUGAAAUUGUGACAACUA